AUGGCAACCGCUCUUGCACCUGAGAGUAUUUUGGGAACACCAGGCACUCAGGUUUUUGAGGACCCUUCAAUGCAAUCGCUCUCCCUCUCAGCAAUGCUGGAUAAUUCUGCUUCUUCAACAUCAUCUUUUUCAGGCCCUCAACGAUCUCCACGAACAAUGCCCCCGCUACCGAACCCUCCAUUCGUCUUCCCGGCGAGACCCUCGUCAGCUUCCGCGCCGUCAUCCUUUUCGAGGGCAACCGGUCGACGACCUUUGUCGGCCAUCGAGAUUCAAGACCGAUCUUCACCCUUUGGGGACUCUUUCGACCGUCCAUCGAGGUCGCCUGCGCUUCCCGACUUUUCCUUCAACCCGGGUGCUUCACUGUCCCCGGAUACCGCGCUCCUCAGUCCUCCCCUUUCUCCUCCGCCGGUAUCCCCAAGACACGUCCCGUCACCUUCUUCUGCCUCGAGACCCGGUCAUGGCCACAGACGGGGAGGAAGUGAGUUUGUGGGAGGAAGCAUUCGCUCUGGAGACUCCAUCACAGUGACGAACACCAGCCCGACAAGGUCAGAGAGUGGCUUCGCAUCUCCGACUUUUCAACUACCCCCUCCCAAACCUGCAAACCGCCGAGGCCAUCAACAUCGGCGAUCUGCGGCACUUUCUAGCCACGACUUGUCCCUCAUUCUUCAGCCCCCUGCCCCAAGCCCUGCACGGGGAAGUAGUGCCCCAACCAGUCCUGCUGAUUAUGACACUAAAUCUCUGGGCAACCCGCCGGCUGGGCAGGGUGAAAAGACGUUGAAGUCUGUCGAGUCCGAGCCAGCACUGAAAGUGUCAAGGGACACACUUGCGCCCUCGGAUGGCUCUGCCAGCUCGAGUGGCAGAGCGUCGCCCGUGUCAAGGCCAGUGACCCGCGCUCGAGUUGGCUUUUCUGACACGCUUGAAUUUAUCCCCCGACCUCUGUCCAUGGUGUCUAGCGAUACAUCUAGCACUGUCACAGCCCGGCCCGGCGGACACUCUGUUUCGGGUAGCAUCUCUUCCAUCAUCUCCAUCCCAACCACUACAAACGCCGACACGGAGCCUGUGAUCCCGCUGGUGCUCACACCGUCUCGCCAGAAUAACGAAUCCAGACCUAGCACAGCUGGGGCGGUUCUGGAGCGCUCCCAGAGCAUCCAAUCCGUUGGAGCAUCCCCCAGGAGGCGAAACUCGAUCCCGGCCCUGAUAAAUGUGCCAGAAGCCGGUUCAGUUAGCCCCCCAAUGCCCAGUCCAACCAAGACCCCAAAACGGUGGUCGUUCUUUGGACUGGACCCGUUCGCAGCUGCGGCAUCGCCGCUACGCACCAGACCUGUCAGCUCAAGCUCUUCUGAAUCUGCUUCUAAGCCCAAUAGCUCAGCGUCUUCUUCUUCGGAACACAUCACGGACUCCGUUGCCACAUCGGAGGCUGCUGAUUUUAUUAAUAAAGAUGGCAAAAAGUCAAAGAAGAAGAAGAAGGUUAAGAAUUGGGCCGGUUCCAUCUUGACUCGCAAGGAUAAGCGUCGGUCCAAGAAGUGCAAAGAUCUGGACCUCUCAGGUGACUCUGUCGGACGAACUGAACCAGUGGGACAAAGGGAUGAAGCCUUUCUCGCGGAACCAGAAAUUGACGUCGAGCCAAUAACGCCGACGCUGCUGGUAACGGACUCAUCUAGCCAGCCACAAGCUCUGCAGGAAUGGAAACCAAGGCCUGCAUCGGCUCAAGAUGACAGCUCCUUCCCCAUGAUAGACUUGGACGCUGCACUGGGCCCGUUCAAUACACCUCUUCCCAACAACCCUGAGUGGGAGGCGGCUCAGAAGGCGGCUGGCUCUUCCAAGCGUCAGCUGCACAGCGCUCAAGGCAUGAAGGGCUUCAGUGGUCCAGGAAUGCACUAUCACCGACGCGCAGAGAGUGCGCCAGAGAUGGUCCCCUUUGAAGCCGGCCGUUUCGGUAUCCACCGCUUCGGUAGCAGCUCCACAAUGGCCGAUGUCUUUGAGGAAGAUGAGGAGGACGAGGAGCAUGCUGGCAAGUCCAUGGCCUUCCAGAAUCGCAGCGGUGCUCGCAGGGCUGCCGCUCAACUCGAUUCGGAAUCGUCUUGUGAUGAGGCGACACCACCUGCCAUUGCAGCCAAAAAUCCUAUACUUGACAUCAAGCCCACCAGUGUAGUCGAUGACAGCAGUACUGACGUCGCCUCGACAACGACCGAUAUCCAAGGGACGAAGAUGGCUGCCAGCAUGAGAUCCGAAAGAUCUGUGGCUUCUUUGCAAGAACGCGCCAUUCCUGAGGAAGCUCGGCCUGAUGUUCCAGAAUUUCGAACAAGCUCUCUCUUCCACGAUAAGGCGGAGUCAACUGGCUCGGAGACGCCGUCACCUCGCAGGAUUCUUGCAAGCAAAGAUCUUGCCCCUGUCGAUGUCAGUCCUCUGCACUUGCCCACGCCCUCCAAUGUACCUAUCAGCCCCUACUCCAUGAGCCACGCCUCCUCGUUCCCGUCGCCUCGCUCGCCCAUGUCGUAUGACGCCCAGCGAAUUUCUACGGCACCCUCGUCUGUGAACGAGGAAAGUAACUUCCAGUCUCUACUUCUGGGUGAGCCGGGACCGGAAGUCAGGCUUUCUGUGGACAUUCCUUCGUUGACAUCCAGCCACUCCACCAUGACGAGGGACAGCUCCUUUGCCACCAACUCUCAAUUCAGGCCAGAGAGCUUCCGCGGCGAACAGCAACGGCCCGUUUCCGUUUCGUCAGCUGCGUUCGGCCGUCGACGAUCAAGUCUUGCCAGUCUAAGCAGGCUUAUCAGUAGCUCCCACGGGGAGAGAAGCAAGCUCUCUAUGGAAGUCUCCUACGAGGGAGAAUCUGAUAGAAAGCAUAAAUCUAGCAAGUCGAAGCGACUUAGCCGGAUGAUGCGUUUCUGGAAGCCCAAAGAGGAUCACUCGGCGUAG